GGAAUAUCCGAACCAAGAUAAAAAGAACGUUUCUUGGAGGAAAUGCUAAUCUUUUAUCUUCUCUCUUCUAAAGCAUACUUUACCCAUUUACAGUAGGGUUUUCACUUUUUCUGGUGAUCGAAAAUUAUUUCCAUAAAAUCAUAUAAUCCCAAGAAGCGGAUCAGUUUUUAGUUCUAUUUGGAUUUGGAUUAGUGAAACAAUGGAUGAAUGGCACAAUCGAUUCAGUGAAGAAGCAAACAUCGGUGAGCUCCACCGUCAAGAUCGACUCAGUGAGUUACCCGACUCUUUAAUUCUUGAAAUCCUUUCAUUGUUGGAUAUCAAAGAUGUUGUUCGGACAUCCCUUCUCUCCAAAGGUUGGAAAAACCUCUGGUCCACCAUCCCCUGCCUCUGCCUUGAUUUCUUCGAACAAACUCCAAGUGUUAUCUCUAGUGUUCUUUCACAAUGGAAAGGCCCCAAGAUUCUGAAAUUCAGCUUUUCUUUCCGUAGAUUCUUUGACCCUUGUAGUGUUAUUGAUUCAUGGCUGCUUUUUGCUAUCGAAAAACAAGUGGAAGAGCUUUUAUUAGUCCUGCCAAAUUGGCCAACUCUUGAUACUGAUGAGAAGGUUGAUUAUUGCUUACCUCAGCCCUUGUACUCAUGCUCGUCAAUUACAAAAUUAACUCUUGAGGGUUGUCAGCUGAAAAUUGAGGAUAAUGUGCAGUGGCAUCAACUCAAGAGAUUAGAAAUUAGAUUUCCGGAGUGGUUGAGUGGAGAUGCCGUUAACCAAAUUCUUUUGGGUGCUCCUCUGUUGGAAGAGUUUGUUUUGAAGUGUCCAAAAAUUUGUGAAAACGAAUACUUCAAUAUCCAAUCUACUAGUUUAAAGAUGCUCAAGAUACAGACGGGUUAUAUUUGGCGUGCAACUACAGUGCUGAGAAUUUGGGCUCCUAAUCUCUUGAAUUUUAGUAUUGAGGCUCACUUUUGUGGUACUUGUUUGUUGGAUGUCCCGUCUUUGACUCAUGCACGUCUUUCUUUGGUGCACACUGGAGGUUUAGCAGCACAAUUUGAAAUGUUGUAUCAUGUUUUCCUAAGCAUCCGCCAUGUUGAGAAGGUGACGUUAUCAGAUUGGAACAUUCAGAUGCUUGUCCAUUACAAGAAAAUGGAUAUGGUUGUGCCGUUGUCAAAUUCUAAGAUUCUAGAGCUCAACAAUGAAAAUGCCAAAGAUAUACUUGAUUUGGUUGGGAUGUUUCCCAAGCUUGAGAGGUUAAUCGUUGAUCAAUUCAGCCGCAAGGAUAGGGAUGUUACCUCUGGUGAUAGGACUCACAUUGCUAUGGUUGAUGCAUGUAAUUCAUUGGCGUCUGCUAAGAUGACUUUUCCCUGUCCCUCUCUUCUCCAUCUAAAGACAUUUGAGGCUACUUGGUAUAUGCGCGACCCUUCAAUAAUUCCGGCCAUACAAAUUCUGUUGGAAAAUGCUCCCAUUCUUGAAAAGAUGGUUAUUCGACUAAGACAGGGUGCAUCUUAUCCAGAUACAUUCAUUCUGGCACAAGAGAAGGUGCUGAGUAUGCCGAGAUCCUCUCCUACUGCACAAGUCAUCAUAACCUUAAUUUGAUGUACAACUGAUAAGUCAUCCUCUACUUGGAGCUGCAGUAGCAGUUAUUAUUGAUGUUAAGCCUUUUUCUUUCGCAUUUUGAAUAGUUCUUUCUCUGCUGGAAGAUAUCUCUGUUUAGUUAGAGUAAAGUUGUUGACCUAUUAAUUAUUAUGAAGUCUCUAGCUAGGGUUAAUUCUCAUACCACACAAUAUAUUAUUAUCAAUAGUUUUUGCUAAAA